AUGGAAUCGUACGCUUCUGCAAUUCAAGACUCUCCAGUGGGAUUCAAUGAACCUUGUGACCCUUGGACGCAUCACGACCUUGCCCUUGAAUAUUGGGAGCGCUUCGAGCAAUCGGGGGAACGUGAAGAACUCGAAAAGUCUAUUGCUCACGAUCGUACAGCUCUGAGACUUCGCCCUAAAGGACAUCCCGAUCGUUCGGAAUCGCUGUAUAACCUCGCAGUUUCCCUUUCGACGCGAUACGAGCGAUGGGGUCAAUGGGAAGAUAUAGACGAAGCUAUCGCGUUGCACCGAUUCGCCCUCGAACUUCGUCCCAAAAGUCAUCCUGAAUAUUCUCUGUCUCUCAACAGCCUCACGACUUCUCUGAGGACCCGGCACAAGCAGCAUGGAAGAGCUGAAGACCUUGAGGAGGCUAUCGAAUUAGACCGAGCGGCAUUCGAGCUUUUCCCCGAAGGUCAUCUCGGUCGUUCCAUGUCUCUAAACAGCCUCGCUAUUUCUCUGGGCACCAGAUACAAGCGACAUGGAAAGAUUGAGGACCUUGAGGAGGCCAUCGAAGUGCACCGAACCGCCCUCAAACUUUGCACCGAAGGCAAUCCUGAUCGCUCUAUGUUUCUGAACAACCUUGCAAAUUCUCUGAGGACCCGAUUCCGGAAGCAUGGAAGAACUGAAGACCUUGAGGAGGCUGUUGAGUUGGACCAAGCUGCCCUGGAGCUUCGUCCCGAAGGCCAUCCAGAUCUUUCUAUGUCUCUCAACAGCCUUGCAAGUUCUCUGUGUACCAGAUACGAGCAGUAUGGAAAGGUUGAGGAUCUUGAGGAGGCUGUUGAGAUGCACCGAGCUGCCCUUGAGCUUCGCCCCGAGGGCGAUCCUCAUCGUUCUAUGUUUCUCAGCAGCCUUGCAAGUUCUCUGAGGAACCGAUACAAGCAGCAUGGAAGGCCUGAGGACCUUGAGGAGGCCAUCGAGCUGGAACGAGCCACGCUCGAGCUUUGUCCCUUGGGCCAUCCUCGUCAUUCCUUGUCUCUCAACAACCUCGCAGAUUCCCUGAGCACUCGUUACGAUUUGCAUGGAAGGACUGAAGACCUUGAGGAGGCCAUCGAGAUGCACCGAGCCGCCCUCGAGCUUCGCCCCGAAGGCCAUCCAGAACGUUUUGCGUCUCUCAAUAACUUUGCAAUUUCUCUGAGAACCCAGUAUGAUUUGCAUGGAAGGACCAAGGAUCUCGAGGAGGUGGUCGAACUGCACCGAACCACUUUCAAGCUUUGUUCCGAAGGUCAUCCUCGUCGUUUUAUUUCUCUCAACAACCUCGCGUAUUCUCUGAGCGCCCGGUACGAUCGGCAUGGAAGGAAUGAAGACCUUGAGGAGGCCAUCGAGUUGCUCCGAACCGCACUCGAGCUUCGCCCCAAAGAUCAUCCUAGUCGUUCUGUUUCUCUCGACAACCUUGCAAUGUCUUUGAGCACCCGAUUCAAUCGGCAUGGACGGGCCGAGGAUCUUGAAGAGGCUAUCGAGAUGCACCGAGCCGCUCUCGGGCUUCGCCCCGAAGGCCAUCCACAUCGUUCUGUGUCACUGAAGAACCUCGCAUUAUCUUCAUAUGCUCGAAUCAAGGAAAGAUGGAGCAUGGAUGAGUUUGACGACUGUAUGCGGUUGCUGGAGCUCGCUGCUACUCAUCAGUUCUCAGGAUUACUGGAUCGCCUUCUUGCCGCGCGUCGAUGGGCAGAACUCGCGCGAUCACACAGCCAUAACACUACUAUCAAGGCUUACAAGGAGAUAAUAUCGAUACUUCAACAUGCUCUCACCGUCAGUCCAACUCUCACUGAACAGCACGACUUCCUUACCGGGAAAAAUGUCUACAGAAUGUUGACAAUGGAGGCAGCCUCCUACGCAGUUGAGAAGAAUGAAUUGGAGCAAGCUGUAGAGAUACUCGAGCAAGGAAGAGGCUUACUUUGGUCGCAGCUGCGUGUCCUGAGGACGCCUUUGGAUCAACUUGCGCAGAUGAACAGAGAACUCGGCGACAGAUUCCGGAAAGUUAGUCACCAUCUGGAGAAUCUCGCAACAUCGCACGAAGCGUUAAUGACUGGACCAAUCAGGGAUGAAAGUGGGUCGCUUAGGCCGGACGACAAGUCAAGAUGGAAAUCAUUUGACGAGCUGUUGAAACUGAAAAAGCAACUUUUAAAUGAGCAGCAAGAGAUUAUUGACGACAUUCGACAAGUUCCGGGGUUCGAAAACUUCCUUGAAGCCACACCAUUUAAGAUACUACUGAGGGCCGCAUCGGAGGGACCAGUCGUCCUUGUCAAUCACAGUAAAUAUCGAUGUGAUGCGCUUAUCGUACUCGCCCAUGAUAAUCUGUCGGUCGUUUGUGUUCCAUUAGACAACGCUUUCUAUGAAGAUAGUAUUGGCCUAUGCAACGAGCUCUCGGACGCGCGUCAACGCUGUGGAGCGGCUUCACCCGAUUAUGACGAGAAGCUUCGCAAAACGUUGAGGAUGCUUUGGGAUAGAGUGGUCUCUAAUGUCGUGGUCAAACUUAAAGAAGUUGGGGUCCCAAAAGGCACUCGUAUCUGGUGGUGUCCAACAUCCGUGUUAUCUGCAUUACCAUUCCAUGCCGCGGGCCCAUUCGAGGACGUCGAUGGUUCUAUAAAAUACCUGUUAGAUGAUUACAUUUCGUCAUAUACUCCGACACUUGACGCACUCAUUAAUGCCCGAUCUGGUGGCAAUACAGGCGGAACGAAAUUGCUUGUCGUCGGAGAUACUGCCACUUUACGAUCGACACGACAGGAAAUUCGUAACGUCCGGAACUGCUUGGGCAGCGACAAACCAGGAACCACAAUAUUGCUCGAUCGUAGGGCAUCUCGUCGUACAGUAAUGGAGCGUCUCCAGAAAGUUACAUGGGUUCACUUCGCAUGUCAUGGUCACUUGGACCCAAAGCCUUUCAACUCUUCUUUUAAGCUCUCCGACCGCGAGUUGACGUUGUUGGAUAUCAUCCGAGCAAACGUUCCAAAUGCCGAAUUCGCAUUUCUUUCUGCCUGCCAUACCGCCGAGCUUUUCCGUACUGGUGCACACGACGAGGCACUCCAUCUAUCAGCAGCUAUGCAAUUCAGUGGAUUCCGAAGCGUGGUUGGGACAAUGUGGGAGCUAUAUGAUGAAGAUGGGCCUUUCUUUGCACGAGCGGUUUAUGAACAUAUGAAUGAAUGUGAGGACGGUGAACCGAGGUACAAGAAGGCAGCUGCGGGUCUUCGGGGAGCUGCUAUAGAGUUGAGAGCACAGGAAGGGAUUCCGACUGAACGAUGGGUUAAUUUCGUGCAUAUAGGUGCUUGA